GAGCCCUCUACAGGGACGUCAUGCAGGAGAACUAUGAGACGGUGACCUCGCUGGCAGGAAACCCCGUUCCCAAACCUGAGCUGAUCACCCAGCUGGAACGAGGGGAAGAGCUGUGGGUCCCGGAUCUCAAGGCCUCUGAGGAAGGGGAGAUCCCAAGAGGCUCCCAUACGGCAGGUGAAGGUACAGUGAGUGAGAUCAAGGAAGAGAAUCCACAGCAGGAACAUCCUGAGCAACAGGAACUGCAUAGGAUGUUAUCGGGAAGAUCCAAAGAGAAUUUUUCCCAGAGUGCUGAACAGGGAAAAGUCUGGGGGAAUCGGCCCAAGUCAGAGAAGCACAAAGGGAAAGAAGUGGGUAAAGCCAUUAAUUGUAGGAGAGGAUGCAGUAAUCCCAAGGAAACCACAGCCCAACAGAAAAUCCAGACAGAAGAGAGAAAGUACACGUGCACUGAGUGUUGGAAAAGCUUCAGUCGUAGUUCAAACCUCAUUGCCCAUCAGAGAAUCCACACGGGAGAGAGACCCUUUAAAUGUACCGAGUGUGGGAAAAGCUUCAUUCAGAGAGUAAACCUCAUUUCUCAUCAGAGAAUCCACACGGGAGAGAGACCCUAUAAAUGUACCGAGUGUGGGAAGAGCUUCAGUAAGAGAUCACACCUGAAUACACACACAAUAAUCCACACAGGAGAGAGACCCUAUAAAUGUACCGAGUGUGGGAAAAGUUUCGGUCAGAGAUCACAGCUUAAUACGCACAAAAUAAUCCAUGCAGGAGAUGCAUCCAUGAUAACCCACAGCAGAGAAAAACAUUAUACGUGCUUGGACUGUGGGGAAAACUUGAAGUGGAGCUCAGAACUGGUUACACAUCAGAGACUCCACACAGGAGAGAUCCCUUAUAAAUGCUUUGAUUGUGGGAAAUGUUUCAUGCGGAGUUCAACCCUUAUCUUACAUCAGAGAAUCCAUACGAGAGAGACACCCUAUCAGUGCCCCAGCUGCGGGGAGAGAUUCAGAUGGAGUACGCAGCUUGUGAAACAUCAGAUGCUCCACACGGGAGAAAGACCCUAUAAAUGCCCCGACUGUGGGAAAAGCUAUAGUGACAGCUCAUCCCUUAUUUCACAUCAGCGAACCCACACGGGAGAGAAGCCCUAUACCUGUGUGGACUGUGGGAAAAGUUUCAAUCAAAACUCAACCCUGAACAGACACAAGAGGCUCCACACGGGAGAAAAACCCUAUAAAUGCACUGAGUGUGGGAAAAGUUUCAGUCAGCGCUCAAACCUCAGUGUGCAUCAGCGACUCCACACAGGAGAGAAACCCUAUAAAUGCCCCGACUGCGGGAAAAGCUUCAAUCGGAGAUCAAACCUUAGCGUGCACAAGAAACUCCACGCAGGAGAGAAACCUUGAAUGGGGGAGACGCUACAACUGGGGCUGCGAUUUAUAUUAGGCCUCAGCAAAUCCAUACAGGGAAGAUACCUCUUAAACAUCCUGAGCGUGGAAAAUACUUCAAGCAGAGUUAACGGGCUUGUCUACCCUACAGAGCCUUGGCCGGGAUAGCUCGGCUGGCAGGGUCACCUAGUGGAUAAGCAGCGCAAGCCAACAGAGAUCUUCUGCCAGACUAGUUAAAAAGUCUCCUGGAAGGAGGUUAGCUAAAUCCACAGACGCACUAGCUGCAUCUAUACUCAGAGUUUUGCCAGCAUGGCUGGGGGUGUGUGAUUUUCCCCACACACACUCUUAGCUAUGCCGGGAAAACUUUGUAGCCUAGACAAAGCAGUUAUUGGACAACAGGAGAGAGAUUCUACCAGUGCCUGACUAGGGCUGACUACUGUGUUUAAAAAAAAAAAAAAUCUGUUUCCUCGUUCCCGCACACAUUAGGGGCAUUUGGCUCCCAAGUGACCAGCUGCCCAUUGCUGAGGUGAGGAUCCAGCAGCAGCUGGUCAGUGACCCUCUGGCUCUGCCUGGUCUAAGCAAACCCCAGGCAGAGAAGGAGAAGCCCCCAUCAACCCCUGCUCCCUGCUACAGCCCUGGCUGCUGAGCUGAUGGGCCACAGGUGGGGAAGGGAGAGAGAGAAACUCCUCCAGCCGCUCCCUCUGCCUGGCUGAAGUUCCCACCUCUCCCUUCCCCUCCCAGCCGGGAUCCCCCUGCCAUGGAGAUGAGGAGAAGGACACUUGGGCCAGGCCCCACCUUCACUCUAGACCCCUGUCCCUACCCCAUCUUCCACCAGCCCCUGGGCUGGGCUCCCCCACUGACCUGGAGCUGUUCCCUGGGGGGCUGGUAACUCCUCAUCUCCCCAAAUCUACAAGGGUGCUGAGCUCUGGGGGAUCAAAGGUUAAGAGACCAAGGAGGACAGGUUUUGGGAAUAGCUCUGGAGUAUUAAAUAUUGGAGCUGGGAAGCAGGGGGAGCUGAGUGCUGGGGCUAUCGGGCAUUUGGGGAUCAUGGGAUAAGAGGCGGUGGAAGGGAUGGGGUUAGGGAGAUGAUUUCCCCUAUUCACGCCCCUGCUCCUUCUGCAAUGAAAAAUCGACAGGGCCUGCUUUCCUUAGUUCCCCUUGUAGGAUCCCUAGAAAAGCCUAGAGGCCAAGGAAUCCCCUCUCAGUUUCGCCACCCUCGGCCUCUGAGUGUUCUCUUAGAUUAGGAAGUGUGGACGGGGAUAGCUAGCGCAUUUCCUUCUGACCCUGGCCAAACUUCCACCCCGUUUUCUAAUCCCGACCCACACUGAGCUCGUUUAGCAGGGUGAGUGUUAGUCACCGAGUUCCCGCUUCGGGGACACAGUGCCUCAUCCCCAGUUCUUCUUAACUUGCUUCGGGUCGUCCCAAAGGCUUCUUUGUUUUUGAAUAAAACAGACCGACAUAACUGAAUAGUUAUAAAUGGAUUCGGGCAGGGAUAGAAAAAUGGUUUGUGUUAGCCUCUGUGUUACUUGAGACAGAGGGAUUCUCACCUUUCCCCAGGACCACUUCGUUCCCCUCGUCCCAGUUUGACCUUAAGAACGGCCACACUGGGUCAGACCGAUGGACCAGCUAGCCCAGCAGCCUGUCUUCCGACAAUGGCUGACGCCAGAUGCUUCAGAGGGAAUGAACAGAAUGGGGAAAUUAUGGAGUGAUCCAUCCCCAGUCAUCCAGUCCCAGCUCCUGGCCGUCAGAGGCUUAGGGACA